ACCGCGACCAGUCGCUAAUAUAAUAUUAUCGUUUGUUAAUAAUAUUACAAUACUAUAUUAUAUCGUAUUACACACAGUAUUGCCUAGGUAUAUAUUAUGUACCGAAUUAAUGCCGACUUGAGUGCUGCAUGUCGUUUUCGACAAUAAUAAAUUGACAGUCACCAUAGGCGUCGGAGGAUAGGCACCUGUUCUAAGGAUUUUAAGUCGUCUUUUUCGAAACAACUUGUUGUGGGGGUUGUACUCGGCCAUUUACAUCCUGGGCCGAUACAAUUAUUACAUAUUACUUGCGACUCGGGUAGGUACACACGUAUACAAAUAUUGUUACCUAUAAAUAAUAUGUACGAAAACGAAACCAAUUAUAAUAACGAGAAAGUUAUUAUUGCCCGAAGGUAAUCACCUCUCUCCCCUUCUAUUUGUAAAAUUUCGGCGCAUAGUAUUGCAACUUGUGAAUUAUCGACUAGGUACCUAACCUAUACCUACCUAUCAUUCGAAUUUAACAAGUUUUUAUAGGUACACAUUGUUUUUAAAAUAAUACAAACGAUACUUGGGUUACAACUUUUUCUUUUUUACACGUUUACGUCGAAAUGUUUACCUAUAUCGCCUGUGUAUCCUUGUUUUCAGAACCGAACGGAAAAUAUGGAUUGGAUAUGAUGACGAAAAAAAAUAAAUAUAUACUGGGUUCUAUACUUGGCUAAGUAAACAUAGGCUUUUCGCAAACGUAUUAGUGUAAAAGUGAAAUUUGCUGAUUGUGUCAUUAACUCUUGAACUUGAAAUACAAUUAACAAAAAAUCUCAACAAUCAUAACGAAGCCAGAAAUUACAACUGAAAAUGUCAAGUCUGAUCAUUUAUUUUUUGUUUUCAAGGAUUUCCAAACAAAAAUUGUUAUAUAUAAUUUAUUAUAUAUAUGUUGCUCAAUUAAAUAAAUUUUUUUAAUUUCCAGGAAGCAGAAGCUUUUAUUUUUGUGAUUAAAAUUUCAUAUUGGGUCAACUUCCAUGGUGGUGGUGGGAAUUUGGUGUUUUCAGUUUGUCUCUACUUUCAAUUACCUACAUUUUAUCUCUUUUAAUUACUAUAUAAUAUCUUCUUUUAUAAAACAUGGUUAAAACUUACACAUUUACUUGUAGAAACGAAACUUAGCUGAUAUUAUUCUAAGAGUGGGUAUAUUUACCUAAUGAUGGAUGUAUUCUAUGAUGAACAAGGAAAUUUCGAUCAUCAGAUUUUUGUCGUCUACAAAUCGCACAUAACUUAAAUAUGAUUAUUCAAGAUAUCUUUUGCUGUUAAAUUUUACAAUUAGAUUGGAUUAUGAUAAAGCAUUAAUAUAGCUUUCAAAUUGAUCUAUUAGCUAAAUAAUAUUUAAUAUUAUCUGUUAUCUACCAUGAGCGUUAAUGUUGGUCUUGAAGACUCAUAUCAAAAUAGUCACAACGGUGCUUUUCAAUCUUAUAGGCCCAUUAAAGCUCUGAUGAUGUAUGUACAACGUAGAAAUUCAAUAAUGGGGAAUGAACCGUGUGACACCAAUAUAGGGUUGCCCUCAAGUAGUUGGUCUGAUAGUACAUCGCAAAAUAUUCAUCUCAAAUUAACAUGUCAAGGAACAUAUCUUAAGGAUACAACUACAUGGUCAGAUAUGCAAUACGAAGCAGAAGACACAGUUAGUGAAAUAAAAUAUUAUUACCCAAAAAAGAUGUUUUUGGAAAAAGCUGAAAUGGAAGCAGAUCAAAUUGAUACAGCGGAAAAAAAUGUAUCUAUCCAAAAUCAUUCUCCAACUAACCAUUUAGGAGUAUCUACAAAAUGUUUAAAAGAGACUAUUCUUCAAUGCCGUAAUGCUUUCAAGGACGAUCCUAAAAAGCCAAAUACAGAAGCAUCUGAGUUCCUACAACGUACUUUUGGUGAUGUUACCAAGAAUAAUAAUUUAGACACCGAGGAAAAUAUGAAUCUCUGUGUUCAAACUGCUCAAGAUCAAAAGACUGAACCAUAUUAUCGGUCUGGGUACAAAAAAUUCACUUUAAGACGUAAUGAAGAAGACUCAAAUGACUCAAACGUUAUAGAAACUCCUACAGUUAUUGAACAGUUACCAGUUAACUUAAUUGAACAAAUUGAAGUAAAUGAACCUAGAGGAAGAAUUAAUAGGGCUUGUAAAGGAGUACGUUACCAACAAUUCAUGAACGAUACAUUAUCAAAACGUCAAAAUAAAAAAAUGGGACCAAAAAAGUUAGCAAACGCUGAUGAUACUGUUGCAAAACGUCGUAAGGGUAAAAAAUGUAACAUAAAAGAAGAAAAUAAUCAAGCUCCUGAAAUAAAUUCAUUACCAAUUCAAUCUCGCCGUGAAACAAGAAAUAGUGCCAAAGCAGCUGCACUGCGCAAACUAAAAGAAAACACUGACGAAAUAAUUGAAGAUAAUAAAAGAAAACUGAUUUCUGAUGAUAUAACUAAAGAACUAGAUUCUACUUCAAUCAUGGUAGUUCCUAAAAAACGUUUUAGAACAAAUGAAAAUGAUAAUAAAUGUGAAACUGCUGAGGAACCUAAAAGACUGCCUUCACCAAUAUCUUCAGAAGCUAGUUCCAGUAGAUUAUCAAGUCCAGAAUCCAGUACCAGUAGUAGCUCUACACAUGUUCACUAUAAAAAGCGUGUAUCACGGACAUUUGCUGAAAGUCAAAGUAAUACAAAUCCUACAUCGUCUGACUCCAAUGUCAACUUACAAACUUUGGCAGAUGUUGCCUUGCGAGGUAUUCCAUUUUGAUUGUCGAUUAACAAAUAUUACCAGUACUAAAAAAAAAUAUUACCUUAUCAGUGGAAGGUUAAUAUUCUCACUGGCUGUCAUUUUUUAAUAAAACAAUACCAAUUAUUUGUUAAACAAAUCUUAGAUAAAUUUAUUUGCAAUUAGAAAUUUGUAUGAUUUAAUUUUAUUGUAAUUUGUUGGACAAAAAAAGGGCCAAACAUAUUUUAAGUCCAUUUAUAUUACACUUAACAAUUUUAGUACAAUUUUCUUGUUUCUCUUGAUAAGUUAUAUUUUUAUUUGUUUUUUGUUUUUCUUAACUUUUUUUUAACCAUUGCCUACCUAAAUAAUAAUUUUAUAUAUUGCUCAAAAAUAUGAUUGUGUAUAAAAACAAAGCAACUGUUAAAUUUGUAUGUGUUAUAUUUCAAAUGUUAUGCUCAAAGUUUUAGUUAAUUGAUUUUAUUCUUUUUACUAUUAAUAGUAGGUAUCUACGUAAAUGUAGCAGUAUCUUUUUAAAAAUCCUGUCUUGUUAAGCUAAAAUAAGAUCUGUGUAAAUAAUGAUGGAAGAUCAAUCAUUCCUAUUUGUAUUACUAUAAUAUAGUAUAUUAUCCAUUUUCUAUAAUAUUUUCUCAAAGUAACGUAUAAAUUAUUUUUUUAACUCAAAUUUUCAAUUACUUACCAGCACCUUACAUUUUUUAAUUAAUCCACACAUUAAUAAUUUUAAUGUACAUAAUAUUGAUCUCGAAUUAUGUAUUCCAUUAAAUUUAUAUAAAUUGUUAGGCAUGUUUGACUAUUACCCAAAGAACUAGAAAAUUAGAAGAUGUAUAUGUUUAAAUCAACUGAGCAAACAAUUCCUUUAGAUGAAAUGGUCACUGCCAUCAGUAACAUAUUAUAUUUUUCUUUAAAAAAAAACUUAAUUAAAUGUGUCUUUUUACUCUAUAAUUCGAAAAUAAUAUUUUUUUUUCAUUCAUAAGUAUAAUUUCAAACUUUUAAGUUUUUUCAAUCAUUUUUGUUAGUUACCUCUACAUUAAUGUUUAGAACUACCACUACCAAACAUGUCAAUUAUAGAGUUAUAAGUUCCUUUUUUUUUUUUUAGCCUACCAUUUGUUUAUUAGUUAUUUUUAUCAUUUUGUUUGCAAAUCAAAGGAUUUUAGCAGUAUUUGUUACUUGUUAAAAUGUUGUAUUUAAGUUAUGUCUACAUUUAAUAUUAAAUAUCUAAAUUGUAUAUAAAAUGUCUUGUAGUUCUAACUUAGUAUUAUUAAGAAAAAAAAUUACCUAAGCAAUAUACUAUUGUUUCACAGUAUAAAUUAAUUUCAUUGAUUAUGUUUUUAUUAUUAUUAUUAUUAUUAUUAUUAUAAUUAUUAUUAUGAAUUAUAACUAAUUGCUUUGUCUAUCAAAUUGUACAUUUAUAUUAUGACCAAAUCGAUAUUAGUAAUAUUAUCUAACGAACGGUCAAUUUGUACUGAUUAAGUUUGACCAAAAUGAGACACCACCCAAAUACGAUGGGUUUUAUUGCGAUUAAUAAACGUUGUGUUUAAUUUGUUCAUA